AAGAGUUCUUCUUUUAGUUUCAUUCGAUACCUUACAGGAGAACAACGUUCGUUGUCGUUGGCGGCGCAAAGCCCAAUGCAAAUUCAAUAUGCGGAACGGUUCAACCGAGCGAGUGUGUUGAAUGUAACCAAAUAAUCAUAAAAAUACAAAACAAAUCCAUCAAUAUGUGCGCGUAUUUUGUAAAUUUUUUUCAAUGAAAAAGAUGAAAAUCAAAAAAAGAAAAUAUAUAUAUACCUAUACAAAUGUAUGUACAUAGACAAACAACCAACCAAACAACAAAAGAAAUAUCUUCAUACGUCCCCCCUUAAACUUUUAUUUUAACAUAAUAACACAAAUGAUAAUAACUUAAAACAUGCAACAAUAAUAGCAAAAAAAAAAACAACAGCACGAACAAAUCAAAUAAAAAUGUAAUUUAAAGUAAUAAAACGAAAAAGUGUACCCAUCGAAAUUUUGACAUCAACAUCAAGUAGCAGCAGCAGUAGCAACAUUUACAUUUUACAUGCAUACGCAUACAUAUGUAUGUUUAUGUUCCGCCAACAAAAUCUUUAGUUUUAUUACAUCUUCCUUUUUGAACCAGAACAUCAGCAAAACAAUCACGAAACGAAUUUCCAUUAACAAAAAGAAAUUGUAAAACAAAUAAAAAAACAAAGUGCAAAAAAAUAAAAACAAUAAAAUUGGAUAAAAACAACUUCCACUAACAAGUAUAAAACUCUUAACAACGCCAUCAUCCAUACCAGUCCUUUAAUAAAUGCAGCAGCUUCCCCUUCCAUGCUAAAGUGUGUGAUUAGUGAAAACCACAAUAAUAAAAAAAAUUAACAAAGAACAAAAAAACAUUGGCGAAAAUAUACACAUCAAACACAGCUGAGCCAAGUGUGUGAGAGUUUAAAUGUGAGAGAAAGAGAGAAAUCGUAAAAUAUGCAAGACUAAAGCAGCAGUGCAAAAGGCAUUUUGCAAAAACACCACAUAUUGUAUUUACUUCGACUUAAGCGCCAGACACAGCGCAGAACAAAAGUAUUUUGUUUUUAUUUUGGUUAUGUUCUUAUCGGUGAGCUUAUGUUUUUGCAUUUUUCUAUGCACCUCAACAAAACAAAAGCAAGCAACGUAAGCGACAACAGAAACUGAAGCAGCGGGCGCAACAGCAGUAACUAACGGCAAAGUCAUAGCCAAUAACAAACAAUCAACCAACCAGACAAAACCAGUCUUUGCCAGCCAAGCAGCCAACACAAACAUCUGUUUCGACCUCUAUAUAACUUUCUUUUUUCGAUUUUAACACUCCACACUGAGAUUUCCAUAAUAAAAAGCCUACUCUCUUGCUAGCCUAACACACCGUGUGUCUCUCACUCUCUUAAAGUGUUGAUGGGUGAGUGUUGUUUGAUUGCUGUUGCCAAUGGUAUAUGCUCCAGCUCUUCAACCCUCCUCCAAUAAAAAAUCUUGAAAAGCAAAACAAAAUUGAGAAUAAACAGACAUAAAAACAACGAUGACAUGCCCCCCUUCGAAGGCAUGUUUGAGUAGAAAAAGCCUUUGGGAGAGCAACUGUUAAUGUUUGUAUGUGUUGGUUGUCAGUGCAAAACGAAAAAAAAAAGAGAUAGGGGAGCACCAAAACAAACCAUAAAGUGAAAAAUAAACUACUGGCGGCAAAAACGGUGUUGACAACAAUCAAAACAUCAUCACCAGCUGCAGCUGCGUCAUUGAGAGAUAAAGAAACAAUCGCAAAAAAACGCAAUUGCAGUCUAUUCGCCAUAUCAAUUGUCAAUUCGUCCAUCAAGCAUAUAUACAAGUCCGAAGAUUUGAAGUAUGCUUAAAAAUAUCUCCCACUCAUCGCAUUAAAAAAUCAACACUUGGGUUGUGUGGUGUGUUGUGCUGCCGACCCUCAUGCCAUGUAGGUUUUGCUAUGAGUGAGAGCUAGGUUAUCGAGAACCACACUAAUUGCAGAAUUCUUGUCCACUCAAAAAAAGAAGACGACAGACAACAAGUCAAGCCAGUGAAGAAACCGAAUUAAGCAACGAUAAAAAAAAAAUAAAUAAACAAAACUAAAUGCACUUUAUAGUACCAUUCUCAACGUCGACGUCAUCAUCAUCCUCAUUCUCAUAUUUACCAACAAUAACAGCCAUUAAAAGAGCACUGCCACCAGCAGCAGCUGUAGCAUAAAAACUGCAGCAAGCAACAACAACAACAACGUCUGCAAUUGCAACAGUUUUCUAAAGAAUUCAAAACAAAAAGUAAUCACUCGGUAAUUCUCACACGUUCACCAGUCCACCCCUUCACCCAUCAUCAUUCCCCCCUUUUAUAGCAACAACCGGCACAGACUAUGUGUAGACCCCAAUCUUAACAAAAAAAAAAACAACCAAAAGCAACAACACCAAUAAAAGUCACACAGACACUAAUAAAAAGAACAAACGACGAAUGUAUUUAGCUAGCCAACAAAAACAACAAAAGAAAUUUUACCGAACAGCAACAGAAGCGGUAGGAGCCGCAGCAGAUAGAGAAACACAAAAGCAACAAGAACCGCAAAAAGACAACAACACACGGCGUAACAUAAAACAAGUGAUACUUGAAAAAUGUCAACGUUCUUAAACAAUUUCUUCCCGGCAGAUACUGCUGCUAUGGAUCCAAUCUUUUAUUCACCAUCAAAUGUCAUACCUUCUGAAAGUAAACUCGCAACAUAUAUGAAUCGACAAAAUGUUGCCACGCCAACAUAUGGUGUCAAUGCGGGAUUUUCCUUACUUAACCUGGAUUCACCGUUAUCGAAUAAAAAAUCUCAGGUAACACAGCAGUCGCCCGAAUUCAUUCCAACACGCAUCAGCUCAUCGCCAAAUUUUUAUUCGCCGUAUCACAAUACACCUAUGCUGAGUAAUGGUCUUAAUGGUGUCGGUAAUGCAGUGAAUGGUCUAACACCCACCACAAGUACAAGCAGCAAGUCCGUCAAUGGUACGCCGUCUAUGCUGGGUCUGCAAAAAGCAACAGCCGCCGCCGUGGCACAACAAAAACAAUUACAACAGAAGCACCAUCAGCAACAAACACAGCAUCCCUCGCACCUGCAGCAACAGCAAGCGCAGCAGUCCCAACACGGUCUGGUGAACGGUGGGGCCGCACAACAAAUUGGACCGCCGAAUAGCAAUCAGGGCUACGUAGGCAUGACAACGACACCAUUGAAAGGUGGACGGCCCAGCUUGCGGCGCAAUGAGUCUCCAUCGAGCAUAGGAGAGAAAUCACCGCCGCGCAUAACCCCACAUGCUUCGCCCAUACCCACCACAUUGCCCGCCAGUGUGCAUCAGGAAAAUGUUGGUGGCACCGUCUAUUUUUAUCCAACUGCCAAUCACACAACCGGCCAAAAUUCCAAUUCUGUUGGUAUUGGAGCCAGCGGCGUAGUCGAUACUGUGGUCUCAUCACAUCACACCGGUCCCGCGGGUGGUCCGCCUUUAACGCCCGUACAACCAUCUCUGCUGUAUACGGGUCAUGUGUAUCCAGGUCCUGCGUCAAAUGUCAUCACAAUGCAGCCGAAAACUCAACUGGAAUCGGCCUUUUUUGUGCCGGAUAAAAUGCGUAGCGAUCUUUUAUCGCGAAAUAUGAUCUCGAAUUUACUGAUGGAUGCCAGCGAAGCAGCACAACAUGCCCUGCCAUUGGAAAUUGAUAAUUAUCAUUCAUUGUAUCCACUGGAAUCGUUGCCCGUACAGCCAUUACAUGCCAAGUUAACUCUGCCCUCGUCCACCUAUAAGGCAACACAUAGUACAACUGGUAUCAAAUAUUGUCUAAGGAGAUUACAUGGUUUCCGUUUGCAAUCAACAAAAUGUAUGUCAGUUGUGGAAAUGUGGAAAAAGUUGCAACAUUCAAAUGUGGUACAAUUACGUGAAGUCUUCACAACAAAAGCAUUUGGUGAUAACUCAUUAGUAUUAGUCUACGACUAUCAUCCACAAUCACAUACGUUAUUAGCGAAAUAUUUCACACCACCGCCAGAAAGUAAUGGCUACAAUGAUCCAUUCCAGGGCGAAGCACGCCCCUUCAGUCAUAAAAGCAAUUUACAACGUACAACGGGCAAUGGUCCACUUUUACCCGAAGCUAAAAUUUGGGCAAUAAUAAUGCAAUUAACCGCUGGUCUACGUGCAAUCCAUCAAGCUGGUUUGGCCUGCAGAAGUUUGGAUCCAACAAAGAUUAUUGUUACCGGCAAGCGUAUACGUUUUAGUUUUAGUGGCACAAGUGAUAUCGCACAGUUUGAUCCCAAUGUUGCGAAUCCAUUGGCUGUUGUUAGCAUGCAUCAACAGGAGGAUCUCACAGCAUUGGGUCGUUUAGUAUUAGCAUUGGCUUGCAGAUGCUUACAAUCGGUACAACGCGACAAUGUACAAUCAAGCAUUGAGAUGGUCUCACGUCAUUACUCCUCCGAUUUGAGAAAUUUUAUUGUUUAUCUAUUUACAACGACUCAAAGACGUUCGGUCACCGAUUUAAUGCCUAUGAUUGGUGCACGAUUUUAUACGCAAUUGGAUGCCUUGCAAGCUCAAUGUGAUAUGCAAGAAGAUGAACUUGCCAAGGAAAUGGAAAAUGGACGCCUUUACCGAAUAUUGGUGAAAUUGAAUUGUAUUAACGAGAGACCAGAAUUUAAUUUGGAUUGUACUUGGUCUGAAAUUGGUGAUAGAUAUAUGUUGAAAUUAUUCCGUGAUUAUUUAUUUCAUUCCGUCACUGAAGAAGGCCGACCAUGGUUAGAUCACGCACAUAUUGUACAAUGUUUGAAUAAACUUGAUGCUGGCUCAUUAGAAAGGGUUCAACUCAUGUCACGUGAUGAACAAUCGGUUCUAAUUGUUACUUAUGCUGAGCUCAAAAAUUGUUUGGAAAAGGCAUUUUCCGAAUUAAUGGCCAAUGCUGCCUCAUAAUGAUAGACUACCACCAUGUCAUUCGCACUUCUUUUACCCUCUCUUGAACACAAAUCUUCAUCAUUUUUAUCAUCAACAACAACAAAAGAAUAAAACAAAAAAAAAAACCCUUCCCCAACGAAAAUGUUACCAUAAAACAAAAAAUGAAAAUUAAGGAAAAAAACUAUAAUUAAUUAAUUGUUAAGCUUAAAGUUUUUUUUUUUAUUAAUAACAUUUAAUUUGAAAUGAAUUCAUAAGAAUUCAUUUAAAAAGGCAUGAUUAGUUAAAUAAUGAAAAGAAGAUAAAUGAAAAGAGAAAUAAAAAACAACACAGACACCCAUACGAACGAAACGAAAUUAAGUGAAAACUUUCCAAAAACAAAAAACAAAGAAAAAAUAUUCAAAAAAAAAAGAAAUCUCUUUAAUAAACAAAAAAAUUGAAAAAUAUCUUAAAAAAAAAAACAUUGUUAUAAAAAUUGAAAAAAAAACAAAACUAUAUUUUUACAGAAAAACGAAAACGAAAAGGAGAACAAACUUCAAAUGAAAGAAAAAACCCCCCUUUUGAAUAAAAUGCCGUGUGAAUAAUCAAUAAAGAAGACAAACUCAAUUCUCUCCAGAAAACAAAAUCGAAAUCGAGAUCUAAAUGUGAAUUCUACACACACUAAACAGAACACACACACACAAACACACCCACAACAAACGCAGACAUCAAAUGGCUACACUGUGCUACAAAAUAAAAAUGCGAUUUCCAAAAAAAUUUGGUCAGCUACAAUUUGAGGAGAUUAAAAGCAAAAACAAAAAAUAAUUUUGAGGUAAAUUUUAAUUUUUCUUUUGUUACAACAAAAUGUUUUCCAAAAUUUUUGCAAAUGGAAGUACACGAAAUGUUUGUGCUAGUGUUUUGGGAUUUUUAGUCCAUUAAUGUAUUAGCAACUCCAUUUUGGUUUAUUGGACAAGUUUGUUUGUUUAUAUUUGUAAUUCGUUCAGUUAGUACACAAUUUCGUUCAGUUAGUUCACUUAUUCAUUUAGUUCACAAGUUCGUUCAAUUAGGUCAUCAAUUUAGUUCAUUUGUGCUUUCAUUUAGUUCACUGAUGUUGUUGUCAUCACCACAUGUCUAUAUGUGGAGGUGGCGAUCCUCGUCUAGCUCCUAUAGGUGAGCAAGUUCCGCGGGAACAUGAUGGCCAUUGGUUAUUUAAAGGCACCAAUAACUCACCUUUUCAUAACGAGCAUUAUAGGCACUCAGUAUUUAUGCAAGAGCCGGUGCCGCCCGACCUCUCAUGGAGACUUUCCGCUCGAUACCGCUGAUGGUCUGCGACAGCAAUUGCAGCUACUCCGUAAGGAGCAUUCCACAAUCUGCAAUCUGUGGAUGGGCCCGGUAGCUCCCAUCUAAGCUUCUCUUGAUAACAAUGAUAACCACACAGAUCGGAGCCCAGUUAGUUAUCCCGUAACGGGUAGUUACUGAUUCUUUCACUUAGUUCACUAGUUCGUUCAGUUAGUUCACUAGUUCGUUCAGUUAGUUCACUAGUUCGUUCAGUUAGUUCACUAGUUCGUUCAGUUAGUUCACUAGUUCGUUCUGUUAUAUUACAAAUUUCUUCCGUUUGAAGACUUUCACUAGUUCGUUCAGUUAGUUCACUAGUUCGUUCGGUUAUAUUACACAUUUCUUCAGUUAGAUGACUUCUUCGUUCUGUUAGUUCAGUGAGUUGUUUUUGUAUAAUUUCGUUCCCCGCCCAGUCUCUUGCAAAGAAAAUGUACCUAACUGAGAGAGCGAUAAUAAAGCAAUAAUCAUGCGAACGGCUCAUUACUAGAACAAAAGAACGACGAAUAAGUGAAUAAAGUGUUUUAAAACAACAGCAUGUGAUAACUAAACUGAAAUGAACUGGUGAACAAAAAGGGCCAAUGGCUGCAACUAGUUAAGUUUAUUCAUUUCAGUGCCAUGUUUGUUUAAACUAGUUCGUACGUAAACUGUGCAACUCUAAUGUGAGACAAAAUACUUCUAGAGUUGAGUAAUAAGUAAUGAAAGCAUUUUUGUCUGUUGGUAAUUCCAAUAUUUCUGAUGGGGUUUGGUUAGGUGAUUUCAACAAUCUGAUACCCUAUUCUUAAGAAAGAAAAUAUAAGAACAAGUACUAUCACUUAAACCAAGAGGUGAGAAAGCUGAGUAGGGUAUUGACCCUAUAGUGUCCCCUGUCGGAAUUUUAACAGAUCAUUGCUAGGUUUAUUUGCAAGGUUUCAAAGAUUAAGAAAGCAUCGCCUUAACAUGUACUUCUGCAGAUCCGCUUAUGAACAACCAGACAGCAUCAUUAAACCGUACUUCCAUGCGUACCGUCCUAGAACGUAUCGAGCUGUGCCCAGUCAGGACUUCCUUAAGAGUAGUAAGAUGUUUCUUGCCCAAAAGCAUAUAGUUUAUACGGUAGCGGUUAUUGCUAGGCUAGAGAGAUCGAGCGUUUCCCCGUAUCCUUAAUAGGUUCAGUACUUCAAGCAAUGGUACGUAAGUGAAGGUUGACACUGGUUCGCUCAUGCAGAUCGAGACUGUGAAGCAUAUUCAUUCAUUUUCUCAUCUUUUGCUAUAUGGUUGUUGUUGUACACUGAGGCGGCAGCCCUUGCCGAUGAAAGACUCCAUCGGGCCAAUCCGGUACGUACAACCGGCUGCCAUGGGACUGCUAUAUGGUCGUACACAGUUAUCCAAGUCAUCCUAAUGUUUUCUAUCCAUCCCUCCUAGAUCCGUUAUUGGAAUUACUGCCAAGGACGCUGCCAUAUUAUACACAUCAAUCAUGAGUUUAAAGGGUGCAAGAUUCCUAUUUAUGAUUUUAAAUGUGGCAAUAGUUAUGGCCCAGAAAACGAUCUGAAAGACAUUCGUCCGAAAGUGUCAACAUCAUGUCCAAAUGAAGUGCAAACCGGAGCUAUUCGUGAAGGUCUUCAAAAUCAGCAUACAAAUUUUUCAUAUUUGGAAUGCUUAUCAUGAAGAUCCUAACAUUAAAGAUCUUGAGUACAGUUAGUCUGGGAAAAUCCUGAGCUUUCGCUGAUUAAGGUUUGGUAGUCUAUUCAUCCCCUUAAUGUCUAUAGCAUUCAUUGUAAGGGGGACAAAUCUCUUCCUGUAAAAUCAUUCGUCUCUCAGAUGUUGUUGUUGUAGCCACAUGUCUAUAUGUGGAGGCGGCGAUCGUCAUCUAGCUCCUAUAGAUGAGCUCGUUUCGGUCGAAAGUACCGAUCGCCUCGGCAACAUGACGGCCAUUGAUUAUUAAAAGGCGCCAAUAACUUGCCUUGUCAUAUCGAGUGCUCAUAGUCAGUCUUCAUACCAAAAUUAUGUAACCACUGUACCUGUCUUUAUCUUGGAGCCGUUUGAGAAGAUCGGCAUAUAAUCGUCCCCAAACAAAGCAUAUUUCGCUCAAUGUCUCCUAUUGGAAUCUUGAAGAUUCUAAAAUGAGUGAUCUGGGCCCGGUAGCGCGCAGCUAAGCUGAACACCACACAAAUCGGAGUUUAAAGUUCCAGUCUGUGUGGUGCUGCUCAUGGUCAGUCUUCAUGCCAAUAUUAUGCAACCCCUGUACCCGUCUUUAUCUUGGUUUGAGAAGAUUGAGAUAUAAUCGAUUCUAAAUAAAUGAUUUGGGCUCUGGUCAUCUAUCGGAAAUUCCCUCAUAAAAAAAUUCAAAAUGAGCUUAAUCAAGCUGUGUGCUUUGUAAUCAUUUAAAACUCCUCAUCUAGGCGUAUCAUCAAAUUUUUUUCAAAAUUGUCAUUUUACUGUAGCACAGUGUAAUGGAAAUCAUGCAACAGCAGCAAGUUUUUGCAAUCAUAGAUGAGAUCGAUAACAACAUAAAAACUUACAAAAGCAUUUGUUGGCACUCAACUUUGGUAUUUAUUUUUAUAUAAAAAAAAGCAGAUUAACAAAAAAAAAAUCAGAAAAAAACUGUAUAAAAAAAGAUUUUAAGAAAAUUAUACCAAAAAACAAAGUGAAAUAACACAAAACUGAUGAGAAAAUCCAGAUGUAAAAUAUUACAUUUUGAUAAAGUGGUAAUUUGUUGAAUUUUAUAAAGAAUUUGUAAUAUAUAUAUAUGAAUUUUUGUUUUAUAAAACUAAAUGAGAAAUCUUUUUUUUUAGGUGUAGGCCAUACAAUUAUCCACACUAUGUGCGGAUACAAAUUCAGAAAUCACAAAAAAAAAUUUCUUAUCGUAAAGUGGUCUCUAUGAUGGUAAAAAUCUAGAAAAAUUGUGCUUUAAAUUUCUCUAAAGACCCAAAGAGUUCGUUCUUAAAUCAUAUCAUUUGUAUGCCUGCGGUUGUUGACAUAGAAGUCAGCAUAUGAAUGUGUUGAUGUCAUUCCUAAUGGAUGAAAUUUCCCACUUUGAGUUCUUCGUUUUGAUGUCUUAACGAUAUCAUCUAAUACAUAUAACUAACUGUGCUUUUCGAUCGCACAUUUGUAUUGGCUUUUAGCUCACAAGUUCCUUCAGUUAGUUCAGUUGUUCAUUUAUUUAGUUCAUUUAGUUUGUUCACUAGUUCGUUCUGCUAGCUCACUAGUUCGUUCUGUUAGUUCACUAGUUCGUUCUGUUAGCUCACUAGUGUGUUCAGUGAACUUCUUGUGAAUUUUUUCGUUCGCCGUUCAGUCUCUUUUACCAUUUUACAUGCCAUUCUACCAGAAUUUAAACCACGGGUUCUGUAGAUAUUUCUUAUUUUAUUCUUGUGAAGUCUCUUGCUUGAGGCGUAUCAGCGUUCUCGAUAACUCGCAAAACGUAGUCUUUAACGUAUAAAUCGUUUUAUACCGUAUAUCUGCACAAGGUGUCUUUUACGGCCUUAAGAUGAUUCAUGCAGACUUUUACUUUCCAUUGCAAAAAUGUAUAAUUUAUUUGCAUUAAAUUACCAUCCAAAGAAUCGAAAAAGGAAAGAUCAAACAUCUCAAAAUUUUUGUAAAAAUAUUUCCGGCUGUUUCCUCUAAAAUGUUAUUAGCGACAUCUAUCGAUUUUUAAUUUUCGAAAAAUAUCGAUAACAAAUGUUUGUUUGCUUCACUUCUACAAAUAUCGAAGCUCUACAAUGAACCGUUAUGAGAUGCGAGUGAAAAUUAUUUUCAUAAGUGCUGCACACACUAACACUAAUGCACAUUAUUCUCAAGGUUAUGGGUUUGUGUGGCAUAUACAUGUAUUCUUAAGUGCAAUACUAAGUUCAUUGGCACCUCUGGCAAAAUUUUCGUUACCAUAAAAAAUGCAUUGACAUAUCCUAAACGAAAUUUUCGUUACCGUUACCGAAAAUUUCGGUUGCAGGUGCGUACGCAGCUCAAAUGAAAAUUUCUUUGCGUAACAGGGUGACACAAUAGUCUUCGGUAAUAUUUUUUUUGCAACUACGAAUGAAAAUGUAUAUUUUAAUAGAUCCAUGUAACAUGAAAUAAAGUUAUUUGCAAAUAAAGACGAUUAAUUAAAGCACAUAUGUACUUUAUUAGCCAAAAAUGACCAUAAUUCUGCCAAAAUUAUAAAUCGAUGUUUGUCGCCAUCUUGUAUUCUACACAACUAUUUUUCAGUGGCGACAUAAAUGUCUUGGCUACAACCGAAAAUUUCGCCAGAGGUGCAUAUCCAGCCUUAAUUGAUAUAAUCUGACGCACUAUAUUGGUCGAAAAACAAAAGUAAAAAAACAACACAUAAAAAAGGCAAGCACAUUGCAACAGAGUUGAUUGUAACCUAGUUCGUGAACAUUAAACCAUUUUCCUUCAGCGUUUCGCCGACGUUUUUUUUUUAUAUGGAGUUUGACAGCAUUCCGCCUGAAAAGCUGAAGAGAAUACUCAGCUUAAAACAGCAUUUCCUGUAUAAGUUAGCUUUUGUCGCCUACAUCGUAUUGGGCAGAGGGCGUUGCAAAUUUCCGUUUGAAAGUUAAAUAAACUUGUCGAUAAUCGAUAACAGAUUGUUGUAAAAGAUAGCUUUCUCUCUCUCUCUCUUGCUCACAUCACAUGGCAAAUCAGCCAAGAGAAAUGAACUGUGAAUAUGGCGAAGUGGCAUAUAGAAUGCCAGGAAUGUCACGGCAUAGAAAAUAACGGAACUUGGCAAAUAUCUAUCGAUCGCAUACUGCUCUGAACAAACAAAUAAAUGCUAAGAGAAACAUACGAUUACUUUGCUCCUUUCUUAAACACAGGAACUGUUUUGAAUUGUUAUUGUAAGAAAAUUUUAAAAUUGCCAUCAUUUUUGUGGCUUUCAAUUAGGGACCUGAAGCUGAACUAACUCAAAAACAAUUUUUUUGGUAAUUUUUGGGUUAUUAUUUCUUUUAUAAUCCAUGCUUUAUUUCUGAUAAUUUAAAUUUAAAAUUCCAUAGUUGCCAUUUUAGUUUUUCUAUCAGUGUGUGUUAUUUUAUUAGAAACCGAAAAAAUACAAAAAAAAAAAUUUGAAGUAAGAGAACGAACCCACUAUUUUGAAAAGGACAUACAUACAUAUUUUUACAAAAACAAAAAAAUGUAACCAAAAAAUAAUAUGAAAUAGAAAACAAUUUUAAUUUAUUUUCAAGAUCACAAAAGCCAAUAAAAAAAGUUACAAAAAUAAGCUGAAAUAUUAGUUAUUAACAUUUUAUUUCCCCCCAACCAAAAAAAAAUUGUAAAAAAUAAAUACGUAUAUAAAAGGCUCGUGUCUCAAGCAAGAAAGUGGUAUUUCAUAUACAAACACAUAAGCAAACAUAUUUUCAAGACCCCUCCUCAAAAAAGAGAAAAAAGUCAAUAUUCUAGAAUUUUAAAACGAUCAUUUAUUGUAUUUUUUCGAAAAAUGUUUCAGAAAACUGUGAUCUUUUUAAUAAAUAUUAUUGUUUUUUAUUUAUUUUAAUAUUGUUUUAAAGGAAAACUGAAAAAUAAAAACAAAAGCAGCACCACCUAUAAAACGAAAACAGUAACAAACAAAAUUUUAAACAUUUCUGGAAUUUUUUUUGCUAAUCAAAAUUGUGUAUAAAUAACAAUGGAAAUAAAACGAAACCAUCUUUAAAGAAGAAAAAAAUAAAUAUCUUGUUGUGCUACUGUUGCUUAGAUUUGAAACGAUAUUGAUUUUUGGUUUUUUUUCUUCAAUAAUUUAAAAUUAAACCACAAACUUUGUUGUUAAUUGCCACAGCAUCACUCUGCCGCAAACCCUUGACCCAAAUCCAAAAUUUUUUAUUCUCUUUAUCAUGUUUUCUAUUCUUUUUCUUUUAUUAUUUUUUUAAUAAGUUUACACAUAAUAAUAACGGUAUGUUCUCCCCUUAGGUUUUUCUGAUCCAUUAUUUUAAUUUAGAUAUUAUAAAUUAUUUUUAAUUAUUGUACUUGAAAGUAAGACUUAUAUUUAGUUAUAAAGAACAACAACAACAAAAGUAAACAUUUAAAAAGAAAAACAACAACAAAAAAUAAAAAAGAAAAUUGUCAAAAAAUCUACAAAAAAAUAAUAAAAUGUUUGAAAAAAAUUUUUAAAA